GCUCAGCUUGCACUUGGGAUUAGAGAUCUUCAUUUGGGGAGUCCCUGAUGGGGGGUCCCAUUUGGGGGUCUCCAUUUUUGGAGUCUCCAUUUAUAGGGUCUUAUAGGGGUUCCCCAUUUGGGGGAUGCCUGUUGGGGGUCCUGUUUGUGGGGUGUUCAAUAAAGGGUCUCCAUAUAGGGGUCCGCAUUCUGGGUGCCCAUUUGGAGGGCUCCCAUUUGUGGAGUCUCCAUUUAUGGGAUCUCAUAGAGGGUCCCCCUCUGGGAGUCCCCAUUAAAGUUCCCCAUUGGAUGGUCCCCAAUUCUGGGGGUGCUGUGUCCAUGGGCAGGUGCAGGACACCCCCCUGACCUGUCACCCCCAGUUUGCCUGGGGGGCUGCGCCCUCCGCAGGGACCCUGAACCAGCAGUGGGAGAAGCCCCCACGUCCCCCGUUUCCCCCCUGGACAUGACGCUGCGCGGGGGUACCUUCAGCCCGGCCCCGCUGCCCCCCACCCCCUCCCGCGCCCCGCACGGCUCCUUCCUGCACUCCAAAGGAAAGGUACCCCCAGGCCCUGUUGGAGGCCCGCUCCCCAUGGUUGUUCCCAUACCUGGAGGCAUCCCCGUCCCCGGGGGGGUCUCUGCGGGGGGCGAGCUGUUCUCCUGCCCUGUGUGCCAGAAGAGCUUCGGGUUCCAGCGGAUGCUGAACCGCCACCUGAAGUGCCACAGUGAGGUGAAGCGGCACCUGUGUCCCUACUGUGGGAAGGGCUUCAAUGACACCUUCGACCUCAAGCGCCACGUCCGGACCCACACGGGUGUCCGUCCCUACAAGUGUAGCCUUUGCGAGAAGGCCUUCACGCAGCGCUGCUCGCUGGAGUCCCACCUGAAGAAGAUCCACGGCGUGGCCCAGCGCUACGCCUACAAGGAACGGCGCGCCAAGCUCUACGUUUGCGAGGAGUGCGGGGGCACGGCCGACAGCCAGGACGCCCACCUGGCCCACCUGCGCCAGCGCCACCCCCACAGCCCCCUCCUUGCCAAGCUGGCAAGGAAAGCCGCCGCCGCCGCUGCCCCCCAGCCCCGUGCCCCCCCCGCUGUCCCGCCCCGCCUGCUGCCGCCCCCCUAGGGGGGACGCGGUCUCCCCAAAACGCUGCCCCCGCCCCUUGUGAGUCAGGCCACGCCCCCCUUGGGUUUGGGCCACGCCCCUUUCUGCGCAGGCCCCGCCCCAUCGGACAUUGGCUCUGCCCAGCACAAGCCACGCCUUAUUCGGGACCACGCCCUACAGGGCCCCGCCCCACGGUGAAGCCCCGCCCCAUCUCCCCGCGCCCCGCCUCUCGGGCAGGCCCCGCCCCCAGCUCUCCCCCCUCCGCUCCCCUAUGGUGCUAUGUGACAGGGGAGGGACCCUCCAUAAAGCUUUCUACGGUCA